CCCUCUUCUUCACGUAAGAACCCGUGUGUAAGAGCUCAUCAUCCCUGAACAUUCUCACAUAAUUCACGACGCUAUCACCGCCCCAAAGGUCUCUCUGGAUUCCCCGGAGCUGCGACGAGAUCAUGCCGCAGGCGACAGUGGAGCUCGAUUUCUUCGCUAUGGAGAAGCACCUUCAGACGACGGCCUCUGGCCCGCCUGAUCGCCUGCGGGGAGGCUCUCCAGGUACGGUCGCCGGAGCUCGAACCAGAUGUAUUCACGACCGCAUCAGGAGCGGCAUCCAAAGCGCCGAUCCCUCGACCCCGAGUGCUGACAACGGCGUUCAGUUCGCUUCCGGCGAUCCCUUCUUUGUCUCUCCGCUGGCGUCGUCCCUCAAUAGAGAUGGUCCAAAUGGGUUUGCUGCGCCAAGACCCGCGCACAGUUCUCUUCUCAGGCCUAUCUCGUAUAAAAAUGCUGGUAUUGCUCCCAUGACGAUUUUCUACAACGGAAAGAUGAUCGUCUUUGACGUCCCUCGCAUUAUGGCCGAGAACAUACUGAAGCUCGCCAUGGAAGAAUGCUCCAAGAGCCCUGAAUCAGAGAAACCAGCGACUGCAAGGCCUUUGCCCCCUCCAUCACACCAACAUCAGUGGCUCGAAUCUCUUCAUAUAUAUCUGCCAAUGGCCAGGAGAAAAUCCUUGCAGAGAUUCUUGGAGAAGCGCAAAGAGAGGUUGACUUCCACUUCUCCGUACCAUGACCCGGCGCCGGCGCCGGCGCACCUACCACGCUCUUCCGGGUUCAAAAAUUGAAGGAGGUGGACCACGCGUGGCUGGUUCAGAGGCAUUCCCACACGACUACAUUUGUGUUAUAGUUUAACGAGAAUGGGAGAAGGUCAAGGACUGGAUACUAUUGCCAUUGUUUAAUCUCGUACUAUUGUCUGUGUUUAGGAGAUAGUGCGCAUCUGUCUUAAGCUUAAUGGGAUGUUUUUGGUCGAGGUGCGGUUUUCUAUGGCGCUGUCGUCUUGGACCGACCCCGAUGUCUUCUGUCUCCUUUAGAAUCUCUCUCCUUUUUUUCUUUUUUUUUGGCUCGUCAUGGUCCGACAUGCCACCUAAUUUCUCCACGCUAUCUCAUUUUAUCAUAAAGUUCACGCGUUGCACGCCUAUGUGAACUUUACAUGGUACGAUUUUAUAUAUAUAUAUUCAAAGUGUCAUUUGUUCACGUGUUUUUGUGGGUGUUAUAUACUAUUCCUCCAACUAAUUUUGA